CACACACAUCACAAAUCUGCCACCAAAUUCUCCUAUCCAUUCUUCCCCAAACAGACUCUCUGCAAAUAAGCCUAAAACACUGCUCACAAUUCUAUCAAUUUCAACAUAAAAGCUUACACCCACACCAAGAACUUCAAACCAGUACACACACAAAAAAAGAGUAAAUCCCAAACAAAAAACAACAAAAAUAAAAAAAAUAAACUCCCAAAAAUGGAUUCCAAGAUCAUAUUCUUCUCCAUCACCCUUCUGUUCAGUAGUGUUGCGGCUAUUAACAUCACCACCGUCCUUGACCAGUACCCAUCUUUCAGCACCUUCAACAGCUACUUAUCUCAGACCCACCUAGCUGAAGAGAUCAAUGCACGCCAGCCGCCUUUCACCAUUUUGGUGGUCGACAAUUCCAACAUUGCCCCUCUGUCUUCGAUGUCACCAGAUAUGCUGAAGAAGACCAUGAGUGUUCAUGUGAUUCUUAAUUACUUUGAUGCCAAUAAGCUCCACAACUUGCAGGGUAAAAGUGAGUUAGCGACUACGCUCUACCAAAGCACUGGUAAUGCUGUGGGUAAUCAGGGGUUCCUGAACAUCACUGAUUUCAGCGAUCAGGAUGUGGGCUUUCUUUCUCUAGCUAAUGGUCCUGCCUUGAGGUCUACUAUGGUGAAGCCGGUUGAGACUCGGCCUUAUGACUUGUCUGUGUUGCAGAUCAGCAAUGUCAUUAUUCCUUUCGACAUGGCCAACCCUGGAAACUCUUCAACUUCUCCCUCAUCGUCUCCGGUUCAAACUUCUAGCCCGACCAAAUCCCCUGUUUCUAGCCCUGCUAAAUCCCCUGCUUCUAACCCUGCCAAAUCCCCUGUUUCCCCUGUUUCUAGCCCUGCCAAAGCCCCUGUUUCUAGCCCUGCCAAAGCCCCUGUUGCCCCUGUUUCCAGCCCUGCAAAGUCCCCUGCCAAAUCCCCUGCUUCCAGCCCUGCAAAGUCCCCUGUUUCCAGCCCUGCUGCUUCCAGCCCUGCAAAGUCCCCAGUUUCUAGCCCGGCCAGGACCCCUGUUUCUAGCCCGGCCAAGUCCCCCUCUGCUAGCCCGGCCAGUGCACCAGGUGCUAGCCCGUCCAAUUCCCCGGGUGCUAGCUCAAUAAGUUCUCCAGCACAGAGCCCGUCCAAUGCUCCGGGUGCUAGCUCAAUAAGUUCUCCAGAACAGGGCCCGUCCAGUGACCCGGAUGCUAGCUCAAUAAGUUCUCCAGCACAGAGCCCAAGGAAGAUGUUGUCACCAUUAUCAUCCCCAUCCCCAUCAGAGACUGACACAAAACCUUCAACACCAGAAUCUAGUUCAUCAACUGAAGAAUCUACUGAUUCCAGUUUUGGUACGGCUUUGGGGGUUAGUGCAGGCGUUAUAGCAGCAACACUCUCAUCAAAUCUAUUCCUCAUGUUGAUGGCUUAAGGAGCCCGAGGAAAUACAUACACCCAAUAAUCUGAUUUCCUUUUUUUGGCAUCGCACUAGUACACAAUGGGACGAGAGGCG